GACCAGCAGCGGACUUGCGUUGGGGAUUGGUCCCUUCUUCAGGCCGGAUCUCCUACAGGAUUCGUCGGACGACGAGGUGGAAGUGCAGCAGCCCGCUGUUUCUACAUCCCUGUCUGCACAAAUGCAAUUGGUGGCAGACGUACAGGAAGGGCAGGAUCCCUCAAAUGUUCAGAGGGUACACACCCUGGCAGCAGAGAUGACUGCCCACCAGAAGAUGGCAAACGGUCUGGUUGAAAUGCAAAAGGCUCUUGCCGACAGCACGGCAGAAACGCAAAAGACCAGACGAGAAGAUCACAGGGAGACUGUGGACAUCCUUCAAGUUCUGGCCACAUCCAUCAACCGGCUGGUGGAUAACACAUCAUGCCUGGCACACAGCGUUGACAAAAUGUCGGAGAGCCAACGACAUUCGGCAUCCAGCCACCAGAUCAUCGCAACUACACUGCAGAUGAUGUACGAUAAGCUCCCAGAGCUAGCUCAUCAACACGCUGGUGAACCACCACAUCCGCCAUCACAAGCCACAUGGACGCCUCCUGCCCUUCCUCCAUCACCAUCCUGGUAUGGACGGUCACAGCUGUACCAAGGAUAUACAGGGAUGUACCCCACCCACCAGAUGCCUCCACCACCAACAUCGGCCGCAUCAUCUACACCCGCACGGCCACCGUGGCCAAGUCAACGCACUCCACAGCCGCCCAGGGCUUCGAAGCCCCAUCAGGAGGAAGAAGAGGAUCCGGACGGACAACCACCAUAAGCCCGGUCGUAUUGUUUUAUUAUUUACUAUUUAUGUUUUUCAUGUUUCCCUUUCUCCCCCUCCCAUUAGUUUGUUUUUUUCCUUACUAUUGUUUUAAAUUUUGUGUUGGGCUCCCCCACCCGUGACCGGAUACUACCAAGGAGCUAUGUCUAGGCAUACAUCGCGGGCAUGUAUGCGGGCGCGUGUGGUAACUGAUGAAAGCUCCUUGUGGUUACAUGUAUGAUGGGCCAAAGAGCUAUUCUGAUACCACUUUUUUUUUUUAAAACAAACUCCUUAAAAUAGGCUUUCACUGUUGUGUGAAUUUACUAUUCACUAGUGUUUAUUUUUGGCUUCUUCAUAGGAUUGGGUGGAAAAUUGAAGUGGACGGCGUAGUUCGUGUUGUGCGUACCAAGGUGAGUAAAGGCAUGUUUCAAUGUAUAUAUUCAAGAAACUUUGGACCGCC